GACAGGUAGACCCCAGGUUCCUCCUAUAAAACAUGGGACAAAAACGUACGAGAUAGUUCGUUACACCAUUUCCCCAGCGGUAGUCCAGCAAUGGCGCUAGGCAUGGCACUCGGUGGUCCGCAGCACCACCAAAGAGGGUAUUCGGAUGAAGAAGAGAUAUUGAGGAGGAGAAACGAGGAGCUGGAGAAGGAGCUGAAGGAGAUCUUGGAGAGGGAGAAGAAGGUGAGGGAGGAGAUAGAGAAAACGAAGGAGAGAUUGAUAGUGGUAGAAGAGGCGGAGGAGAGGCUGUGUUUUCAGCUGGGGGAGCAAGAGGCUGAGUCCUUCUACCAGGCACGUGCUUAUCACGUGGAGAUCAGGUCGUUGAAGGAGCAGCUCUCGCAAGCUCGCAAGCUGAUUCAGUCCGCAACCGCUCUCAAAGAUCAGCCGUAGAUAUUAAGGAUGUCUCUUUCUUGCUUUCCUCUCCUCCCAUCUGUUGGCUGUAUAUUUCCAUUCAUGGAUUAUAAAUCAUUAUGUAAAUGAGAGGUCCACAUGUUUCUUCUA